AUGAUUACAGACAAUGAUGACGAUGAUUUAUAUGAAGGUUUUGAUAACCUCAACACCAAGCUGGAAGUUGAAGAAUUUGUGAAUGACGCUGGAUUUCAGAACGUCAUUAAAAAUACUAGUUAUGGAAGGAAACCACCGGUUCUUGAUCGAGGUUUAAAUACAUCAGUCGUUCGUAGGCCGAUAGGAAGAGUACCAACAUCAGCUAACUUCAGAUUGGUCACCGCUUCAGGACCUGCAGGCGGAGAUUUUGGAAGACCAAUGACAUCUGUCAGAGCUGCUGGGUAUUCAUCUAUGGGUCGGAGACUUAGUACAGGACAACCAGGAAACCAAGUUUGGUUAGGUGAUCAAACUGUCCCAACAACAAUUGAUGUCAGUGCUGUUCCUCCACUUGAAAGUAAACCAGAUGAUAGUUCCGAAGAGCGCAUCAAAAAUAUGGAAAAAAGAGUUAAUCACUUAGUUGAAGAAAGUUGUGUGGCUGCAUGUCAAGGAGAAAUCACUUUAGCACUCGAAAAAGCUAAAGAAGCCAGUCGCAAAGAACGUGUUCUUGCUAGACAACGAGAACAACUUGGUGUCGCAGAUCAAAUCAAUUUAGACUUAACGUAUUCAGUACUAUUCAAUUUAGCUAAUCGUUAUACAGCAAAUGGAAUGUAUCAAGAAGCACUGAAUACUUAUCAAACCAUUGUUCGAAAUAAAAUGUUUGCCCAUGCAGGUCGACUCAAAGUAAAUAUGGGAAAUAUUUACUAUGUACAGAAGAAUUACUCGAAAGCUAUCAAAUUCUUUCGUAUGGGUCUAGAUCAGGUGCCUAAUACACAUAAAUUAAUGAGAAUUAAAAUUAUGCAGAAUAUUGGUAUAAGCUUUGUUAAACUUGGACAAUUCAGUGAAGCCAUAGCAGCAUUUGAGCACAUUAUGCAAGAGGAACCGGAUACAAAAACCGGUUUCAAUUUAAUUGUUUGUUAUUUUAUCAAAGGGGAUCGUAAUAAAAUGAAAUAUGCAUUUCAGCAACUACUUCGAGUGGAUCUACACCUGGAUGAUGAAGAUCGAUAUUUACAACACAAUGAUGAUAAGCAUUAUGAUUUGAUCUUGGAAGUGAUUCAAAAUGAUGAACUGCGCCAAUAUGAAAAGAAAAAGAAAGUUCAAGCAGAAAAUUUCAUUAAAAUGGCGGCCAAAAUAAUUGCUCCAGUAAUUGAUUCCAAUUUUUCUACUGGGUAUGAUUGGUGUAUUGAUCACGUGAAAAUGUCCUCUUAUCAUGAAAUUGCACAUGAUUUAGAAAUUGAUAAAGCUGUGAUGUUUUUAAAACAAAGAGAUUUUCAUCAGGCAAUUGAUACACUGAAGUCGUUUGAAAGAAAAGAUACACGUGUUGCGUGUAGUGCUGCUACAAAUUUAUCAUUUCUAUACUUUCUUGAAGGUGAUUUAUUACAAGCUGAAAAGUAUGCAGAUCAAGCUUUAUCUGUUGAUCGAUAUAAUCCUGCAGCGCUUGUUAACAAAGGCAACGUUUUGUAUCAACAACAACAAUACGAAAGAGCUCGUGAUUGUUACGCGGAAGCAUUGCAAGAUGAUACACAUUGUGUAGAAGCCUUAUAUAAUCUUGGUUUAGUAUGCAAACAAUUAGAAAGAUAUGAAGAAGCUCUCGAAGCCUUUUUCAAACUACAUUCUGUUCUGAGAAAUAGUGCACCAGUAGUUUAUCAGCUAAUGGAUAUCUAUGAGAAAUUGGGAGAUUCUACUCAAGCACAGGAAUGGGCAAUGCAGUUACAUGGUAUGGUUCCAACUGAUCCUUUUCUACUACAAAGAUUAGGUGAUAGUUAUGAACAGGAAGGAGAUAAAUCUCAAGCAUUUUCUUAUUAUUAUGAUUCAUUUAAAUAUUAUCCAUGUAAUUUUGACGUAAUUGAAUGGUUGGGCGCAUAUUAUAUUGAAUCACAGUUCUGUGAAAAAGCUAUAGCUUAUUUUGAACGCGCUAGUUUAAUGCAGCCGAAUCAAAUCAAAUGGCAGUUGAUGAUUGCUUCAUGUCACCGACGAAGUGGAAAUUAUCAACAGGCUUUAGAAACAUACCGUAUUAUUCACCGACGAUUUCCAGAGAAUAUUGAGUGUCUUCAAUUUCUUGUACGAUUAAGUUCUGAUAUGGAUUUACCUGAAGCUCAAGAUUAUAUAACCAAAUUGAAACGUGCUGAAAAAUUGAAACAAGCUAGAGAACAACGUCGACUGUCAACAAGCAACCGUCGAAGCUUUGGUCUAACAAAUGCAUCUAGAACAACAGGUAGCCGUGAAAAUUCCGCCAGUGUUAGCAGUGGAGGUGAAAGUCGUGAAAGCAGUGCAAAUUAUGACAAUCAUUUCAGUGUCCAAUCAAAACAUACACAUUCUAAAAAUAAUUCUUCUCGUCAAACUGAAGCCCGUAAAGAAACAGGUCUUAGUAAAGAUAUAGACAACGAAUAUAUUAAAUAUAGUGAUCCACUGGGACCAAGUGUAGAAAGACCGAGAACAGCAGCACGUACCCGAUCGAUUCAAGAUGAUUUUGCGGACGAAGAAGUUGAUGAAAACCUAUUACCAGAUUAA